AUGAGUACGAAUAGAAAACGGUUAAGUGGUGACCAAUACAAAAAAAUUGCAAAAUUAAAAAGUGAAAAGUUGCAUAAUGUUUUAAAUAAAACACACAAAUUGACUGAUUUUUUUAAAAAUCCAGCUUCUACUUCUGAUAGUUGUAGUAGUAAUAGUAGCACUAACACUAUAGAUAUUCCGAAGAAAACAGAUGCUCAGGUUAGUGAAACAACAAUUAGUUUAUCUGUUGAAGUGGACAAUAUUGAACCUGAAGAUAGUUGUGGGUCAAAUGGGUUAACUAAUAUGAUAGUAAAUGAAAUCAUUUUCGAGACAGACCCAGUUAAAUGGGUUAUUAACGACGAAUUUCGCGACUAUGUUGCAAAAAAUGGUUUUAAUCAAAAUAUGACAAACGGUUUUAUUAACUCCAAACGUGUAUAUUGUGAUAAAACAAGAUAUUUGACCAACAUUAUGUUUAAUAGACGAUUGAUUAAUGGAGAAAUAAUUGUUCGUUCAUGGUUAGUUUAUUCUCCAAGUUUAGGAGUAGUUUUUUGUGGGCCUUGUCGUAUAUUUCAAACAUCUUUAGAAACUCAACUUGUUACUGAAGGAUUUAAUGAUUGGAAAAAUGCUAUUAGCCGUUUCAGUUACCACGAAAAUAGUAAAGAGCACAGAGAUGCUAUUAUUAAUUUAAAACAUAGAGGUAAUGUCUUGGGGCGUAUUGAUUAUUCAUUGAUUAAACAAUUAGAUACAGAAAUCGAAUAUUGGAGAAAUGUGUUGAAGAGAGUAGUCGAAACUAUUAAAUCGUUAGCUUCUCGUGGACUCCCAUUUCGAGGACAUGAUUCGUGUUUUGGUUCUGUACACAAUGGUAAUUAUUUAAUGUCACUCGAAUUAAUCGCAAAAUUUGAUCCGUUUUUAGCCGAUCAUAUAGUUCGUUUUGGAAAUAAAGGUAGUGGCUCUACAUCGUAUUUAUCUCACGUGGUAUGUGAUGAGUUUAUUUUAUUAAUGAUGAAAAAAUUAAAACAUAAUAUUGUUAAAGAAUUAAAAAUAUCAAAAUAUUUUUCAAUUAGUAUUGAUUCGACGCCAGAUAUUUCGCACGUCGACAAAUUAUCAUUUAUGGUGAGAUAUGUCCUCGAAACAGGUCUUCCUGUAGAACGAUUCUUAUGUUUUGUUUCAAAUCCAGGACAUAAAGCUUUAGAUUUGACUAAUGCCAUUACCAAUACUUUAAAAUCACACGAUAUUGACAUUUCUGACUGUCGAGGGCAAAGCUACGAUAAUGCUAGUAAUAUGUCAGGCCAAUACAGUGGAGUUCAGGCACGAAUAAAAGAAAUUAAUCCACUUGUUUAUUAUGUACCAUGUAGCGCACACUCGUUAAAUUUAGUUGGCAUAUCUUCUGCUGAAAGUUGCUCACAAGCAUCAAUGUUUUUUGGAUUUAUACAACAAUUAUACAACUUCUUUUCCGCAUCAACGCAUAGAUGGUCAAUUUUGCAAUUAAAUAUGAAACAUAAUGCUAAUACAAUUAAGAGUUUAUCGAAUACUAGGUGGUCGGCUCGCGCAGACGCAUGUCGAGCAUUAUAUAAUUCGUGGGACGAAAUUAUUAAUGCAUUGGUCACUAUCAAGGAUGACAUUUUCGAAAAAUGUGCUACGCGAAAUGAAUCAAAUGGUCUUUAUAAUCAAAUGCAAAAAUUAGAAACAUCAUUUAUGGUAAUUUUCUGGAAUUAUAUAUUAGAACGAUUUAAUGCAUCAAAUAAGCAACUACAAUGUGUUGAAAUUGGAAAUGAUAAAGUUUCUCAAAUUUAUACAUCACUUAUUAAUCUAGUACAAAAAACCCGAGAUAAUUUUAAUGAAUAUGAAACUAAAGCUAAAAAAAUAUCAAAGAUUACAGAGUACAAUGUUGAUAUAACUCGACAAAAAAAAAAAAAAAUACACUUCGAUGAAAAAGCUGAACAAACUGAGUUAAGUGGUGGAGAUAAAUUUCGAGUUGAAACAUUUUACCUUAUUAUUGAUAAAAUUACUAAUGAACUUGAAAAAAGACACCAGUCCUACAAAACGUUUUGUGAUUUAUUCGAAGUACUACUAAAAAUUACAUCUUUAAAUUCUUUGAAAAUAGUUGAGUCCGCCGAGAAAUUGCAAAAAAUGUACCCGAAUGAUUUGGAUAAUACAUUUUCGUCAGAAUGCUUACAUUUGCAAUCUUAUUUACUGAAUAGUAAUAUCGAUAUUGACAUCAAUAUUUUAACUCCAAUCACACUGUGUCAGUAUUUGAGAGAAAAAUCUUUACAUAUUGAAAUAUUUCCAAAUGUUGACACUGCAUUAAGAAUUUUCAUAAGUGUACCAGUAUCCAAUUGUACUACCGAGAGAUCAUUUUCAUGCCUCAAACGUGUAAAAAACUACUUAAGGUCCACUCAAAAUGAUGAGAAGUUAAACAGCUUAGCAUUAUUCUCUAUAGAAAAUGAAAUGUUAAAAGAAUUGAAUUGCGAGGAUUUAAUUGACGCAUUUGCCAAAACCAAAUGUCGACGUAAACCGAUCGUUUAA